AUGAAGCCUUUGAAGUCUUUCAUUGCGUGCGACAACUGCAAAGCUCGCAAGAAGGGAUGCGAUAGCAAAACACCAAGAUGCGGCAACUGCAUAGCCAGUAACGCGGAAUGCAACUAUGCCACAGUCCGCAAAACACGGGGGCCGGGUAAAAAGAAGAAGAAUUCCAACAACUCGGAGGAGUCUGAGCAUCGACCUGAGAAAAUCAAUCGCCCAAACUUGGACGACGACAGCACCUUUCCAGUCCAGCAGUCUGGCGACGAAGGGUCAAAUGUCCACGUACCCAGUUGCAUCUCGUCCACGUCCAUCUUCACACCCGACCCAUCUCACCCAUCUCAGCGACAACUGCAAAUCAGAACUCAGCUCCCAACGUUGCCAGACUUUCUAGCCGCAGACCAGUUCAACACGCACCUCGAGAACAUAAAGAGCAGCAUCGCGCAGGCCAAUCUAGCUCACUCACUCACGCCGCUUCUCCCCCAAAACAUCGCAAUACGCCUAAUUCAAAACUCCUUUGUGGAAAUCAUGCAGCACAGGCAGCUCCUAGAUCUGGCAGACUUUUCCGCUCUUCUCAGCGCCCAAUACAUCGCCAGCUCGACCGGCCCAGCAGAAAAUGACUUCGCCAGAUGGGCCACCGUCAACGCCGUGACUGCGCUUGCAUUGCGAUUCAAGGCCGCCCCAGGCUCCGAAGACGACUUGAGCUCUAUUCCACUUGCUUUUUACCACAAUGCCACGGCCGUGAUACAUCACCUCAUCUUGCAAGAGCCCAGCUUGCUUUCCAUUCAAGCACUGUUGGCAAUGGCCAUGUUCGUUGAAGAUACACCAGAACCUGCUGCUUUUAUCAUGCUGGCAACGAAUGCUUCACGCCAGCUGGAGCUUCUUGAGAGCAGGAUGCCCGACGACUUUAAAAGCAAUGGAGCAAAUUUGAAGUCGAAGCAGCACCAACGUGCAUGUGAAAUCUCAUCCACAUUCGACAACAAGAUUGGUCUGCUCCUAAGUUCAGAUGCCAGUCAAGUGACAGGGAGUAUAUUGUAA